AGGCAGGUGGUCAUAAUGUUUUGGCUCAUUGGUGUAUAUUGCAAAAUUACAAUUCAUGUCUUAAGGAGUUCAACUUUAUAAAUGAGGAAAAAAUUACUGAGUGCACAUUUAAGCAAGUUGAAAAUACAGUAAAUCAAUAAUAAAUAGGUGCUGUUUUAUUUAAUCAGUUUAGAGUUGCUGUCUGCUUUAGUAAUAAAGAUUUUUUUGAAUAUUUAAAAAGUUACACAGUUCAUUUAUUAAGCUAUUAUAGACAACCCAGAUGAUAGGGUUUCUGGUUCAAGCUGACAACACUGCGUGGACCAAGAGACUACAGAAAUAACCGCCUACUUGUGUGUAUACAGUACAUUAAGCUUAAAAAGACUUAAUAGCCUAAUAUUAAUACUAUUUUUCAGUAUUUUUAUUUCGUGAUAUGUUGUUUUUAGUACUGUUAAUAUUGAGAGAUAUUGUGUGGGUGACUUGGCUUAAUAAAGUUAUUUAUUUUAACCACAAUGAAACUGCACCGGCUUGACUGCACCAACACACCAACAAAGGGGAAAGGAGUAGCCACGUGCGAUUUUACCAGUUGUAAAGUUCCAUGUGAAACUGCUGUUUAGUUUCUAAUAUGUUGCUACAUAUAUGUCUUUUUUUUUCUUUGUGCAAGCUAUCUCGGUAAUUGAUCCAUUCAAGCAUAUUGGUUGACUGAUGAGUGUGGUGUGUGCUUUGCAGAACAUGGAGAAAUAAACUCUGGCUACAUCAGGAGGAGCUACAGUUGCUUGCAGACAGAGCGUGAGUGUUAAUUUAUUUCUCACUGUCGUUAUUCUUGUUUUGUUUUUCCUUUUUAGUGCAUCACAAAUGCCAUGGACUCAGCAAAAAUAUAUAUAAAAAAAAAAAAAAAAGUUCUUUAAAAGUUUGACUCUGACUCAGUAUGAAUUUGAGUACCCAAACUCUACAAUUUACAUAAUUAUUAUUUUUUCUCUCCCCCCUUUUCUCCCCAAUUUGGAAUGCCCAAUUCCCAAUGCGCUCUAGGUCCUCAUGGCGGCAUAGAGAAAUGAAUCUCUGUUGCCUCUGUGUCUAAGACCGUCAAGCCGCGCAUCUUAUCACGUGGCUUGUUGAGCGUGUUACCGCAGAGACCUAGUGCGUGUACUAGUCACUACAUGCCCCACCGAGAGCGAGAACCACAUUAUUACCGGGGCAACUGGUUGCUUAGGAAGCCUGACUGGGGUCACUCAGCAUGCCCUGGAUUUGAUCUUGCAACUCCAGGUGUGGUAGUCAGUAACUUUACUUGCUGAGCUACCCAAGCCCCCUACAAUUUACAUAAUUAAAAUGAGCUUAUUCAACACAGUUCUUGAACUUAUUUUCAUUGUAUCCAAUCUACUUAAAUGUUUUAAAUUGAGUUAAUCCAUUUGUGUUGGUACUUCAUAAAUACAUUUUUGUUGACAUAACUGAAACUGGGUAGGGGGGAUUUAUAGUUCCCAGCAUGCUUUUGGAUCUGUUCCCCAUUCUCUUCUCUGGACAGCCUUCGAGUUCUUCCAUGUGCCAACGACCAUCACACACCUGGUCAGAAACUACUUCAAAGAUCUGCAAUUCUGCCUCACUACAACAGAGUACACAACAUCUUGGCAAUCAUUGGAAGUGGGAAUAAUGGCGGGGUGCACCAUCUCCCCUCUAACCUUCACCAUGGCAAUGGAAUUGAUCAUCCGAGCCUCCAAAUGGGUCGUAGGAGGAGAACGUCUGCACCUCCCAUGCGUGCCUACAUGGAUGACAUGACCACCCUGACAUCAACCACCACAUGUACCAAACGUCUACUGGAAAAGCUUCAUGCCAACAUAACGUGGGCACGGAUGAAAUUCAAAUCCAGCAAGUCCAGAAGCAUAUCCAUCAUUGGAGGGAAACUCGUAGACCAGAGAUUCCACAUCGAUGAAACACCCAUCCCAACGGUACUGGAGAUGCCAGUCAAGAGCUUAGGGUGAUGGUACAAUGCAAGCCUCAAGGACUCAGACCAGAGUGACCAACUGAGGGAAGAAUCUAUCAAAGGCCUUGUUAGCAUAGACAAGACCUUGCUUCCUGGUAAGUUGAAACUGUGGUGUCUGCAGUUCGGAUUGCUGCCCCGUCUGAUGUGGCCUCUAACAGUCUACGAGGUCCCCAUUACCAAAGUCGAUAAGCUGGAGAGGACAGUCAGUUCGUACAUCAAGAAGUGGCUUGGACUCCCGCGUUGCCUCAGCAAUAUCGGCUUGUAUGGGAACGGUGCUCUGGAAUUGCCUCUUUCUAGCCUCACUGAAGAGUAUACAUGCACAAAAGUGAGGCUGGACAUGACCCUGACCGAGUCUCAAGAUGCUAUGAUACAAGCAGCGGCUCCCAGACAGGCAAGUGGGAGGAAGUGGACCCCGUCUGAGGCCGUACAGCAAGCAAAAUCUGAUCUCAGGUAUAGAGACAUCGUAGGACAGGUGCAGCAGGGAAGAGGGGGUUUUGGACUCGGGGCAAGAAGACCCAUAUGGCACAAGGCAACAGCCACCCAGAGAAGAAAGCUGAUAGUAGCCGAGGUCCGGCAACAGGAGGAGGCAGAGGGAUGCAUAAAGGCAAAUUCGCAGUCCAAACAGGGCCAAUGGACUAACUGGGAAAACCUGGAGCAUCAUAAGCUCACCUGGAAGGAUCUUUGGGAGAUGGAAGGAAGUAGACUUAGUUUCAUCAUUAGAGCUACCUACGAUGUCCUUCCCACACCAAAGAAUCUAAACCAGUGGGUUGGAGAAGAUCCAUCAUGUCCUCUCUGUCAAACCACAGCAACGCUAAGGCACAUCCUCGUCGGCUGUAAAACCAGUCUUUACCAAGGCCGUUACACCUGGAGGCACAAUCAGGUCCUGAGACAACUGUCGAUUACCCUGGAGGGAAGGAGAACUACUACCAGUGCCCUCUCUCCCCCAAUACCUGGAUUCUCAAAAACCACCACCUUCAUAAGAGCAGGACAACUUCCAGUGAAGCCAACUGCAAGAAGGGAAUCGACCCUGCUGGAGGCUGCCCGGGACUGGAAAAUGCAGGUUGAUCUAGACCAGAAGCUCAUCUUUCCGCCUGAGAUAAUUACAACUAAUCUCAGGCCGGACCUGAUCUUGUGGUCAACCUCGCAAAAGUCCCUGUUCAUCGUGGAACAACCUGUGCCAUGGGAGGCUGCAGUUGGUGAAGCGUAUGAACGUAAAAGGCUGAAGUACUCAGACCUAGCAGCUGAGGCAGUACAACGAGGCUGGCGAACCCAGUUGUUCCCCGUAGAGGUUGGUUGCAGAGGUUUUGUAGCUACAUCAACAACUAGGCUGCUGAAGGGGUUGGGAGUCAGAGGGCAGGCUUUCCAACAAGCCAUCAGGUCACUGUCAGAGGCUGCAGAGCGAAGCAGCAACUGGCUAUGGCUAAAACGAAAGGAUCCCAACUGGGCUGCAAAAUGACCAAGAGGGGUAAGAGCGGAGGGGGGUGUGCCUGGGACGCCAGGUGUCGCUGUUGAGCCCUUUGGAGGUGUCGUGGGCUUAUCAACGGAACACCAAGGAAGGAGGGUGCCCACCUGAUGACCCCAAUGAAGUUAGUACCCCUACCCCCCACCCAGAUAUCAAGAAAGUGUUGAUUAUUCGAAGGGAUUGUACUAUCAAGUCCUAUAAGCUCAACUGUGGUACUUGAUCAGGAGGGUAAACAUUUUGAAAUUAAGUGUUAUUUUAUGUUUAUGAGCAAGAUGAGAAAAGACAAAGAUGUUCAGUGAUUUUGGAAUUUAGAACCAAUUCUGUUACGUUGGGUAACCAUUGUGGUAAAGAUUGGAGCUUUUGCUUACUUAAUUACUCUUUACUUAACUACUUAACAUUUAGCAUGUUAACACAUGCUAUUGUUAACGAGCUCGCAUAACAUAAUUGUGUAAAUCAGAAGUGUGACAAUAAAUAUUAUGGAAAACUGAUGAAAUGAAUGACAUCUGGGACAAUUUGAGGCUACUUAAUUGGUUAAUUUAAAAAUAUUGUUACUCCAUUACGUUAAAAUUAAGUGUAGAAAUUAUGUUUUCUGUCAAAGAAUU